CGGGCGCGGUUUUCUUUCUGCCCGUUACCGCCGCCCCACGGCCCGGCUCCCAUUCUGGUUGCUCUGUUUCGAUAAGGCCGAGGGCGAGCUCGAGCGGCGCAACAGAGGAGGCGCUUCGUCCCCGGCCAUGGCGUUUUUGAGAUCUUCCACCGCUCGAUCUUGUUUUCGGUUCCCUUACUCUUCAAUCCCCGGUGUCGCGGUUCGUUGUUCCUCUCUUUCGCUCUCUCCCUUGUGCUUUUGGUUGCGUCUGGUUCCAGAUCUAGGUGAGUUCAUGUCGCCCUCCCGCCGCGCCCUGCUGUAGUUGUAGAUGCCUGAUUUGGUGUCUUCCCGUUGGAGAUGGAGAUGCAUGAUUUUGUUGUCUCCCCACGCCCCUGAUGUAGUUAUAGAUGCGUGAAGUUGUUGUCUCCCCGCACCCCUGAUGUAGUUGUACAUGUGCGAUUUUGUUGUCUCCCCGCUGGAGAUGGAGAUGCGUGAUUUUAUUGUCUCUCCACACCCCUGAUGUAGUGGUUGUUUGCCUUGUUUCCCCCAGUCCGAAGUUGGGGGAUUAUGUAUAUGCACCCUGUAGGUGCGCGAUUCCGCGGCUUUGUGUCCUGCUCUUUUAUGUUUUGAUGCUUCCUGCUCAUGUUUAGUUUCAUUUUUGCAGUCCCUGGUUUUACCUCCUGUUUCGUUGUUGUAAAUGCAGGUGUUUAGCUUCCUUUUCUGCCAUGUUUUUUACCCUAUGUGUUUGUCUGAUGUUGACUACAAGCAGACAUGUAGUUUGAGUCCAAUUUCAGUGUAAUUUCUCCCAGCCCAUUCAGUGUAAUUUACUGAAUAUAUCGAAUGUAAUUUGUCUGAUGUUGUCCCAGCCCAAUUCAUGUUUAGCUCUUUUUCAGUGUAUCUACAGUGUUAUUUUGAUCGUAAUUAUAGUGUAAUCCCAGUAUUUCAAUGUAAUUUGUCCUAGCCUUACAGUGUAGUUUAUCCAAUAUCUUUCCCGCUGUGUUGUUGAGUGAAUUUUACUGUGUUAUUUGAGUGUAAUCCAUCUCAUUAUUACAGUGCAGUUUGUCCUGGACUUACAGUGUACUUUCACCUAAUAUUCCAGUGUGGAAAUUACAGUGGAUUUAUAGUGUAAUUUGAAUGUAGUUGCAGUUUAAUUUGUCCCAACUUUACAGUUCAAUUUUGUCCCCAGACUUACCCUAAUUUUUCCAGUGUGUCAUAGUGCAAUUACAUAUCCCAAUUUACAGUGCAUUUUGUCCCAGACUUACUGUGUAAUUUUACCUAAUUUUUCCAGUGUGAAUUGUCAUAGUGUAAUUACAGUUGAUUUAUAGUGUAAUUUGAAUGUCAGUUGCAGUGUAAUUUUUAUCCCAAGUUUACAGUGCAAGUUUGUCCCCAGACUUACAGUGUAUUUUACCUUAUUUUUCCAGUGUGUCAUAAUGUAAUUACAGUGUAGUUUAUCCCAAUUUACAGUGCAAUUUGUCAGACUUACAGUGUAAUUUACCUAAUUUUUCCACUGUAAAUUGUCAUAGUGUAAUUACAGUGGAUUUAUAGUGUAAUUCAAAUAUAGUUACAGUGUAAUGUCCCAACUUUACAUUGUACUUUACCCAAUAAUCCCAGUGUGAUUUGUCAUAGGAUUUGAGUGGAUUUUUACUGUGUAAUUUAGGUCAGUUUGCACAGUAAUUUUGUCUAGAUUUUCAGUGUAAUUAAGUCCAGUUUAGCUAGUUUUCACUGUACUUUGCUUGGAUCAGUACUGUAGGGCUUUCGAAUGUUUCCUGCAGCAUAAGUUUUGUUAGCUUUUACUUUUCUAUGUAUUUUAAACAUCUUCCGGAAGUUUUAGCAACUGUAUCUCACAUUAAGUAUGAGUUCUUCCUAUGAUAGUCUCAGUAGAUCCUCUUCAGUUACUGCCCUCAUCAUGCUCCUCUCAUGACACAUUUGAAGAGAAGAAUGUCAGUGUUAGCGUAAUCAUGAGCAGCCAAGCGUUUAGAAAUAGAUGAUAGUGUUUGCAACGUCUAUCUGCUUGUUUUGUAAUCUGUAUUUUAUUUUUUGCACUGGCUUGUGCUCUCUACUUACUAGGAACUUACAAUGUAUUUAUCUCAGUUUUUAAUUACUGUAGUUUGAAUUAUAAAAUUUCUAGUUGCUUACACUGGAAGUUCCUAGUUGAAUUCACUGGGAUUUUCUAUUUGCAGUGGGAUUGUACACUAGAAUUUCAUAGGUGCUUACACUGUAAUAAAACUUGUAAGUACAUGCAUUUAAAAAACUUGAGUACACUGAAAUUUUCAAGUUACCAAUAGUAGUAUGUACACUGGAAAUUACCAGCUAGUUACACUGCAAUUUACUGGGUAGUAUUCACACUAGUUUUUACAUUGUGAUGUACACUGGCAUUUACAUGGAUUUUAAAAAUGUAAGUACACUGGAAAUUACAAGUAACCUACAGUAGUUUUUAUACUGGAAAUUACCAUCAACUUACACUGGAAUUUACUGUAACACUUGAUUUUACGUCAGGAUGUACACUGGAAUUUACAUUGGGAUUUACACUGGAAAUUCAGAAGUGCUGUAUUUCCAUGUUAAUUUACAUUGUAAAUAUUCUUAUGAAGAAAAUUCCUCCUGAUUUGUUCUUGUGACAGGUGAAGAGAGAAGAUGGCGAGCAGUUGGGAUAGUUGUUGAAUUCCCUCCGAUGUUCUUCCUUCUUGUUCCUCGUCAGGUGAGAUCUGUUGAGUGGUUUGUGGGAGGGGUUUGGCCCUUUUCAUGCGUUGCAAGCUGGGCACGUACUGUGUGGUCCUGAAGAUCAAGGGAGUUGGUUCCUGAAUUUUUUGGAGUGGCUAGUUGUCCAGCGAACCGGGUCAGAUCUUUUCCGUGAUCCGUUUUGGCGUCCCAUUUUGUGCUGUCGACAGGUGUCAACUGUUCAUUUGUCAGAAAAUAUGAAUGUUGUCGAAUUGAAAAACAGUCAAAUGUCAAAUAGACAGUCCCUUUUCUUAUGACAACACAAACCGCAGCUGCUCUGUCAAGGCCAUUAAGCUAGGGAACAAAAAAGACUUCCUUUCUGAUUUUCAUGAGGUGCCUACUGCCUUCUUCAGAGGAACCUACACUGUAGGGAGUUUCACCACUGAUUGCCUCUUGAAGUGGUAUGAUGCUAAAGACAAAGUUCUUUCUUCGCUCCGACUGAUGAGCACCUGGAGGCACCCAAAUGUGGUGGUGUUGCAGAAUAUCUACAAGGUGCACCCAGAUUAUCGUCUUAUAAUAUCCACCAGCUCUUUUGAUGGUACCUUAAAUGGAUGGCUCAAGCAUGGUGAAAAGAACAAGAUUGAAGAGAACAGGAUUUUAAAUAUGGAUGGAAAAUUCACCCCUGUUUUCAGCAGAAUCACACUAGAUCUACUUGAUAUCUUGGACAAGAUGAUUAGACGUAAGAUGUGUCCGAAAGACCUUACAGUUGACAACCUAUAUCUGAAGACUGUGAAUGGUCAACCUCAACUUAAAGUAUUCUUAGAUGAUGUUGAGGAUCUCAGGGGUAAGGCUCAAACGUAUAUGGAAAAACUAUAUGUGAAACUAUGUGCGGAGAUAAAGAAAAUUAUGACAGCCGACGUUUUGAUACAAAUGCACACAGGGACCAGGGCGUACUGUGAUUUCAUUGAGAAACACGGUCCUGACUGCAUUGGCAAAAAUUUGGCAAAAGUUGCCAAGUUUUAUCCCAUUGAGUGGAAUGAUGAAGACAAGAGCAAGUAUCUCAUUGACAUAUUCUCAUCAACUCGAGAUUGUAGUGCGGCUCUUAAUGCUUGUGGAAUAAGAUGGCCAAGAAAUGAGUCUGAAGAUGACAUGUGUCAGGAGCUGAAAACACUAAAAGAAAUGAUGGAAAGAGCGAACAUAGAUAACAACAAAAGGAAGGCGGCGCUGAAACUUCAAGGAGCCGAGGGUAGAGCUGCGGCCAACAAGAUCAGGGAAUACAUAUGGAACUGUGAUAUUGACUAUCCAAAUGAUCUUGUCAGGCUCGUGAGGAACCUAUGGAAGCAUUUCUCCACGUACCCUCACUACAUUAAGACGCACCUUGGGGGUAGCCAAAGUGCUGUUUUGCGCAAGUUCGAGCAGUGGUGCCCUGAUGCCUGGACGUUGAUCUACAACACCGUGGGCCAACCAUGUACGUUGUCUUUCCUGUUUAGAUUUAAACUCCUUUCUCUCGUCAUGUAUGUUUUUAUUUUUCAUUGUGCUCAUGGAUUUCGAGUCGCUCCGCUAGUCGCGGCCUUGUCGUCGCGGCGUGCACAAUAA